AUGACAGACGUCUCCGACGCUACUACAUCACUUCAUUCUUCCAUGGUAGUCACCUCCGUAUUACCAUCACUGAAUCCACCAUUAUUUUUUGAGAUCGUAGAAGAUCAAGUCUAUCGCUCGAAUAAAUGUGAUCCAUCGUCGUUUCCAUUCCUUGCUACAUUGCAAUUAAAUACAGUCGUCUAUCUCUCGUAUGAUGAUCUUUCGCGUGAUUUGAGUGCAUUUUUCACCGAGAAAAACAUUCAUGUGAUUCAUUUGGGAAUGAAAUAUCGCACAGCUUCAUCCCAAUGGAUGGGAAUCUCGGAAGGAAUGGCGAAAGAAACUGUCGAGUGUAUUUUGGAUCAGAGACGUCAUCCAAUUCUUGUCAUGUGCAAGACGGGCGUGCAUUUUGCUGGAACUAUGAUUGGUUGUCUUCGACGAUUACAGAAUUGGAGCUUGACGUCGACCAUUGACAAGUAUCGUAACAUUGCCGGUAGUGUCAAGACGCGAUUCGAAGACGAGCAGUUUAUCGAGUUAUUUGACGUGGACUUGGUUACACUGCCGCAGCAUCUGCCAUUGUGGUUCACGGUUCAUCAGCAACUCAUGGAAGAGGAACGAAUUGCGCUGACAAAAGGCGAAUUUUUUCCAGGACGAAGUCUUGACAAGGUGGAAGACUAUACAACGGAAAAUAAGCUACAACAUGACGCAGCCGUGACAAGGGUAGACGAAGAAAACCAGACAGACAGUGAUGUCUUCGUACAAGCUCCUACAGCUUCACCGAUUCUGGCGUACCAGAAGUAUUUCUUCAAUCUUCAAGGUCCACUUGUGUCUCCGUCAGUGGAAUUCUCGGAGAAGAAGAGCAUUAUCGGUGAUGAUGACGAUGACUAA